UGAAAGAAUAAUACAGUAAUGGAAGCGAGAACUACAGUAGCAACGAAAUAGAAUACAAAAACAAUAUGAUGCCACUGAACCCCCGACAAGACAAGCACCGACAUCGGCAUCGGCAUCGGCAUCUGCACCGGCAUCGACAUCGACACCAACAUCCGACCAGGUUGGCAUGGCUGUCCAUACUAUCUAUUUCGAUACUGCAGUCCGUGUCCAUGCUGAUGACUGUCGAUGUCACCCCAACAGCGAUCAUUCUCCCUUUUGUGCAAGCCGAAAAGGCCUAUCCGCUGGGGUGCUCGCACCGAGAUCCUGCCUACUAUGAUUACGAAAACUCGGUCUUUCCCCCGGUUCCGAUCACGAUCCACGACGUCGGAAUGAUCACCAACGUCCCCAUCAAGUCGAACGAGGAUUACCUGCUGGUGAAGCGGCUCGGGGCCGGGAAAUUCAGCGACGUCUUCGAAGCGGUCGACGCGCAGAUGGAACGGCGGCGGCAGCAACAGCGGCCUCCCUCUUCCCCGUCGUCGCACUCGGUCGCCGAUGCCCCGAUCGGGAGCAACCGCAGCUUCUCGUUGGUACCGGCAGCGGCCACCCCGGAUCCGGAAACGCUCGUUGUCCUCAAGUGCCUCAAACCCGUGGCGGAAAAAAAGAUCAAACGGGAGCUUUUGAUCUUGCGGCACGCCUCCCGGCUGCCGAAUCUAGCAAGGAUCAAAGCCAUCGUUCUCCCGAAGGACUAUCGCAACAAGCUAGGCGGUGGUCGCAGCAGCAGCAACAGCAACAACAACAACAAAAAGUACCCCAUCCGAUCCAUGCCAACGCUGGUGCUCGAACACGGCCACGGCGACUGGUUUUGCCAUCCCAUCAAGCAGCAGAAACAAAGGCUGCAACGGCAACGGCAGCAGCAGCAACAACAGCACGCCAAGAACGGAGCGGCGGUCUCCGCCGGCGUGCACCACGAGAAGGGUGCCGAUUCGUCCGUGGAGUCGGACUCGUACCUCAGCGAAUACGAAAUCCGCUAUUAUCUCUUGCACCUGCUGGUGGCCCUCGAUCACCUGCAUUCCUGCGGAAUCAUGCACCGGGACGUGAAACCACGGAACGUGCUGAUCGAUCGUGCCUGGACGGCGGCCAUGGGGAACACGGCGAUCGCCGAGCGCCAUUUCCCGGGCAAGGCCGCGAACGCAAAGACCGGCCGAGCCACCACCACGCCAGCGGCGGGAGCAGGAGCACGCCCUCCCCGCUCGGGCUCGCCCCUGAUGCUCAUCGACCUGGGCCUCGCCGACUUUUACCACCCGGGGACCCGGUACAACGUCCGCGUCGCCUCGCGGCACUACAAGUCGCCCGAGCUCCUGCUGGGGCCGUCCUUUGGCUACUACGACUACGCGAUCGAUCUGUGGGGCUUUGGCUGCAUCCUGGCCGGGCUGUUGUUUCGCAAGGAACCCUUUUUCCGGGGCAAGAACAACGUGGACCAGCUGGGGGUGAUCGUCCAGGUCCUGGGAACGACCGACCUGCUCGGGUGCGUGGGGGACCACGAGCACGCGGCCUACGAGCUCCUGCCGGCCGACGUCCGGGCCCUGAUCGAUGGCUACCUGGCCAAGGGGAAGCACGCCCACCGGAGGUCCUGGACGGACUUUCUGCCGGCAAGGGCAUCUUUGGCGCACUCGCCAGCGGCAGCAGCGGCGCCCCUGCCCGUCGCGGAAGAACGGGAACCACAACUCCCACCACAACCCACGUUCUUUGAGUCCCAGGGCAUGGACCUCCUCGACAAGGUUCUGGUCUACGACGGCGAUCGGCGCUGGACCGCCCGGCAGGCAAUGUACCACCCAUUCUUCGACGAGGUUCGACAGGACGUCUUUGGACAGGUUCGGCUGGCGAAGCCAUCGGUUUGAUCCUGGUGCGAGGCGAUACAGCUGCGCGUGGUUCUGGCCACCGAUGCACGCGGUUCUGCAUCACAAGAAUCCAAUCCAAGCAUUCGCGUCGCAUUGCUAAAUAAUAAUAAAGAGAGACGAGGCUUUUUUCCUUUUUUCGUGAUAGAUUCGGAAUCCCGGUUCCAAAAUAGAUACAAACUAUUUGC